AUCCACCUCCAGUUUCCCAUGGAGUUUGAGUUCAGUCAGUACUACCUGAAGUUCUUGGCCUAUCACUACGUCUCCAACCGCUUCCGCACCUUCCUGCUCGACUCGGACUACGAGCGCAUCGAGCUGGGAGUGCUAUACGAGGAGAAGGGCGAGAGGAAAAGCCCUCAGGUGUGUAAGUCUGUGUGGGAUUACAUCGACAGACUCAACAAGAAAACACCCGUCUUCUACAACUACAUGUUCUCUCCUGAAGACGACGAGGUGAGACACACAGACCUUCACAUUUUAGAAGCAUGGAUACAAAGGACACUUGAAACAUUAUUUAGGUUUGAUCUGGAGCUUGUUUGA